GAACGGGCGAGGUCUGCGCGCGCCCAGAGCAUGGAACGUUGCUAGAGGUUUCCCGGGUUUGCCUGUGCGGCCGCCACGGCGCGCAAGCGGGAAUUCGGGAGGCGGGCGGUUGUACAAUUAAUGUCCUGUUUAAAACUCUGGGACCUUUGGACGCCAUGCACAGGAAGCACCUCCAGGAGAUUCCGGACCAGAGCAGCAACGUCACUACCAGCUUCACGUGGGGAUGGGAUUCGAGCAAGACUUCUGAGCUGCUAACAGGCAUGGGGGUCUCGGCUCUGGAGAAGGAGGAGGUGGACAGUGAGAACAUCCCCCAUGAACUGCUCUCUAACCUCAGCCAUCCCCAGAGCCCACCGAGGAAACGGCUGAAGAGCAAAGGCAGUGACAAAGACUUUGUGAUCAUCCGCAGGCCUAAGCUCAAUCGGGAGAACUUUCCAGGUGUUUCGUGGGACUCCCUUCCAGAUGAGCUGCUCCUCGGGAUCUUUUCCUGCCUGUGUCUCCCUGAGCUGCUGAGAGUCUCUGGGGUUUGCAAGAGGUGGUAUCGCCUCGCGUUUGAUGAGUCUCUCUGGCAGACCUUAGAUCUCACAGGUAAAAAUCUGCACCCAGAUGUGACUGUUCGGUUGCUGUCUCGAGGGGUGAUUGCCUUCCGCUGCCCACGAUCAUUUAUGGACCAACCAUUGGUUGAACAUUUCAGCUCCUUUCGUGUACAGCACAUGGACCUGUCCAACUCGAUUAUAAAUGUGUCCAACCUCCAUGGCAUUCUGUCUCAGUGCUCCAAGUUGCAGAACCUGAGCCUGGAAGGCCUGCAGCUUUCGGAUCCCAUUGUCAAUAACCUCGCACAGAAUGAAAAUUUAGUGCGACUGAACCUUUGUGGGUGUUCUGGAUUUACCGAAUCCGCUCUGAAGACCCUGCUGAGCAGCUGCUCCAGACUGGACGAGCUGAACCUCUCCUGGUGCUAUGACUUUACAGAAAAGCAUGUGCAAGUGGCUGUCGCGCAUGUAUCAGAGACUAUCACCCAGCUGAAUCUUAGUGGCUACCGCAAGAAUCUCCAGAAAGCAGAUGUCUGCACCUUAAUUAGAAGAUGCCCCAACCUUGUGCACCUCGACUUAAGUGACAGUGUAAUGCUAAAGAACGACUGCUUUCCGGAAUUCCUCCAACUCAGCUACCUCCAACAUCUGUCCCUCAGCCGGUGCUAUGACAUCAUACCCGAAACUCUACUUGAACUUGGAGAAAUUCCCACACUAAAAACACUACAAGUUUUUGGAAUUGUUCCAGAGGAUACUCUUCAAGUGUUAAGGGAAGCCCUUCCUCAUUUGCAGAUUAAUUGCUCCUAUUUCACCACCAUUGCCAGGCCAACUAUGGGCAACAAAAAGAACCAGGAGAUAUGGGGUAUCAAGUGCCGACUGACUCUGCAAAAGCCUGGCUGUCUGUGAAGUAGUGACGGCGGGGCACUGGCUUCUCUUCCUCUGAAUGAGGGGAGUGCAGGCAGUCAUCUCUGGACAACUUGGUUACUUUUAUUGCUCGUUUUCCCCUUAGCCUUCCUCCUACAAUUAUAUUAGGGAACCAUGUAAGAGGGAGAAGUCUAGUGUUGCUUUUUUAAAUGACAAAUGCUUCUGUUGGUGCUGUGCCCUAAGAGCCCAAGUUUAUGUCUUUGCAAGUUUUAGCUGAGUCUAUAAUUUCACAAUAGCUUUUUGAAGCAAAAUUUGAGCCAACUCUUCCAAGUACCCUUUUGAGUAAGUCUCUUUGGAGUCAGGCUUAAAAAAUUACCACCAGGUACCAGUUUCCAAGGUGUUUGUGGUAACUUUUUUAUCUAUUUUUCAGUAUUGUUUUCUAAAACAUAAUUUGAAGGAACAAGAAGCUAUAUAUUAUAUUAUUACAUGAACAGAAAGAAAAUCAUAGGCUAGUAGCAUUUGAGGCAGCUUCUUCUGGGAAUUAAGUGCAUUUUAUCUUUGUAUUCAGAUUUCAAAUUAGUUUAAAGAGAAACACAGUCUCACACAGUUCACCUUGGAGAGAGAGAGUGAGAACAAAGCAACCCAAGAUACAGAAAUGGUCAGGAGGCAGCGUUCUAUGUCAGGUCAGCUGACUUUUCCUUCCAUCAUUAAAAUUUGAGGCUUUAGGUGCUGUGUUCCCAGAACUCUAAAUUAGGUGAGAAAUCUAAUUGUGGUUUUCUAACUUCAUAAUCAACUUAUGUUAAUUUGGGUGGUUUCGCUUUUAAAUACCUUGCUUUUAGAAAAUAGUAUCCUUAGUCAGCAUCUAGUCUUGGAAAGUUGAAAGAAUUCUGAACUGAUAAUUGCCUUUUUGUCUUUAGCACUGAAGUUAUUUUUAUAUCACUUUGGAAUCAAGUAUCUUAAAUGCUUUUUAAAGUGCUCUUUCUUUCACAGUAACUCUUUGAAACUACCCAUUGCCUUACAGGACCUAUUGUUCUUAGAAUGAACGGCAGGUGUGUCCAAUGCAGCCUCAGCAGUGGGCACUGCUUGCACUUAAGGUUUUAAGACUCAGGUUGUUGAACCUUUUGAUAGCAUGAGUUGUUUUUAGUUGUAAAAACAGUCUGGUAUGUAGAAGGAAAAACAUCAAAUUGUGUUUAAAAACCACACCAAAAAAAAAAAAAAAGCAAAACUAGUUUAGUCAGUGAACUCGUGUCUUCAAAAUGAAAGGAAAAAAUAAGCCAAAACCUAUCUUUUCUAUUAACUUUCUUAAUCAAAAUAAUUUAAUGUUACAGUGUGAAGUGCCUUCAUCUGCACAGACCUAAAGAACAUUUUUAAAGUGUUACACAGGAAAUGAUUAUGCUUCCGUUUCCUAGUAGUUAAAAAGUGCUAAAUACUACUUGAAAUUACUGUUUACAGAUUAACGACAAGGGCUGGUGGUGGGAUCUGGUUGGACUGGUUUCCAGACGCCCUCCUACAUACAGUACUGUACUUCCUUACUCAAGUCCAGCCGUAAGCUAUUUUGCCAACAUGUCAGAGUAAUCUGUAUUUUUGUAUGAUUUCUACUUUUAUAGACUUGUUUUAAAAUAAAAUGCAUUUUUAUAAAAAAAA